AUGGUGCAUGACAUCGCGUCGCCCCGGAGAGGUCGUGCCAAUCACCAGCACGAUCCAAGUGGGGAGAGCUCGAUAGACAAAUCUGUUCCAGUUGCUGAUAGUCGUGAAUAUAUCAACAUUGAUAUUGCAGACAACUCUGAAGACUCGCCUACUAGUCCAACGCCAGCUGCAGGCUCUUCACGUGAUCUCCUGCCUGCUCCUGCCACCCCAACUCGCAAGCCAGCAGGCCCUCCCAAUUCACCUGUUGCCGGUCAGCGUCAGAAAUCACCUCAUGGGCCUGCAGGCAACAGACAAGGCAAGCAAGCUAAGGAUGUCUGGCCCUUUAUUGAGACAGAUGAGAAUGGACGCAAGAAAUGCAAGUUUUGCUUGUUUAUGCAUGAACAGAAUCCUCAUCACCAUGUGUCCACCUGGACUACUGCAGGCACAGACAACCCCUGA